CUACCUGUGGUGACUCUUCUCCUCCUUUAUCCUCUCUGGCUCUCUCAUGUUUCCUCAUUUUCUUUACCGGGGUGCAUUUCGGGUUUUCUCCCGAUGUGGACGCGUUUAAUCCGGCUCUGAAACUCGACCCGGUACCAGCACCGGAACCAGGGAUACAAACUCACUUUAAAAACACCAUCAAUCGGUUGUUUUUGGCACAUUUUCUCCAUUUUUUCUACCUGUUUCUGAGGACAGAAGCACCUGUUGCUCACCUGUUGCUCACCUGAGGAAACACGAGAGGAGCCGAAGAAGGAAUAUAACUAAAAAACAAAUAUAUAAAGGAGGGACAAACAAACUUUUAGUCAACAUGGAUUUAAUGGAUUCAGGACCGAAGUUUAACCCGAGACAGGACACGGACUGGGACGCGGCGCUGCAGUUCCUCCCGGCCACCGACCCCCAGCAGCAUCAGAAGAAGCCGGGUCAGAGGAGGCAGAUGUGGGUCGGAGUCGGUCUCCUAUUGGCUGCUGCUGCUGUCGCUCUCAUCACCGGACUGCUGGUGUGGCACUUCCACUUACGCAGAGACGUCCGAGUGCAGAAGGUUUUUAUCGGCUCCAUGGGGAUCGAUAACCAGCCGUUUGUUGCCGAGUACGAAGAUCCAGAAGACCCCAAAUUCACUCACCUGGCCUCUCUGGUCAGGAAGCAGCUGAAACUGAUUUACUCCAAAGACUCGGUGCUGGCCAAACACUUCAAAGGCGCCUCAGUGCAGGCCUUCAGUGAGGGAGACAGCGGCACAGACAGCGUCAUGGCGUAUUAUCAGUCAGAGUUCGAUGUUCACGUCAGCCAGCAGGCGGCGCUGGACGAGGCCAUCGAGUCUCAGCAGGCGACGGCCUCGCAUCAUUCAAGACGACACGGACGAAUCCUGCUGAAACCUGCCGACGCUCUGAACGUCCGCAACGUCGUGUCCCGAGCUAUAGACCCACGCUUGAACAGGAACUCUUUAAAUGUGAAAAAGUCCUUUAAUGUCCACGUCAAAGAGCCCGGUGUGGUUCAGUCUCCGGGGUUUCCGGACUCUUCCUACCCUCCGAACGUGUUCCUGCAGUGGAGGCUCCGGGCCGACCCAAAGCACCGCAUCCGGCUGGACUUCCACACCCUGAUCCUGGAGGACGACUGCCAGCAGGACUUCAUCCAGAUCUACGACUCCCUCGCCCCCAUCGAGCCGCGCGUCCUCACUGAACAGUGUGGAUAUCCUCACGGCUCUCUCUCCUUCAUCUCCUCUGGAAACGUCCUCCUGCUGACGCUGAUCACCAGCGAGGAGAAGAACUUCCCUGGAUUCAGAGCCAACUACUCCCAGAUCCCUCUCACUGAGCAAGAGUGUGGAGGAGCACUGACUGCAGAGAGAGGCUCCUUCUCCUCGCCGUUCUUCCCCUCCAACUAUCCUCCAAAAACCACGUGUGUGUGGACCAUCAAGGCUCCAAAGGAGAAGUUUUUGAAGGUUCAGUUCAACAAGUUCUUCCUGGGGAAAUACAGCAGCCAGUGCCAGAAUGAUUAUGUGGACGUCAACGGUCAGAGAUUGUGUGGCAGUAAACCGAAGAGCACCGUGGUCACCAGCCAGAAAAAUGAGAUGACGAUCACAUUUAAAUCGGACUCGUCUUACAUAGACCAGGGUUUCAUCGCAGAGUACGAAGCAUUUAUCCCGAAUAACCCGUGUCCGGGGAGGUUUCAGUGCACCAACAAUCUCUGCAUCAACAGCACGCUGCAGUGCGACGGCUGGAACGACUGCGGAGACGGCAGCGACGAGGACAACUGCAAGUGUGAGGCAGUUCAGAUGAAGUGUAAAAACGGCCGCUGCAAACCCAAGUUCUGGGAGUGUGACGGGUUUGACGACUGUGGGGACAGCACUGAUGAGGAGAACUGUGUAAAAUGCAAACCAGGAGAGUUUGCCUGCAGAAACAACCGCUGCAUCCCGGAGAACUUAAAAUGUAACGGAAAGGAUGACUGCACAGACGGAUCAGAUGAGUCCAAGUGUGAGAAAUCUCUGGUGCUGCAGACGUGUUCAGAGUUCACCUUUCGCUGCAGCAAUGGACGCUGCAUCAGUAAAGUGAACCCAGAGUGUGACGGAAAGACUGACUGUGAGGACGGAUCUGACGAGGAAAACUGCCAGUGUGGGACGAGGCCGUACCGCAGCUCUCGCAUCGUGGGGGGCCAGGCGUCCCGGGAGGGGGAGUGGCCCUGGCAGGUCAGCCUCCACAUCCCGGGGGUGGGUCACGUCUGCGGGGCGUCGGUGCUGAGCAACCGAUGGCUGCUGACCGCCGCACACUGCGUGCAGGACAGCGGAGUCAACAAGUACUCUCAGGCGGACCAAUGGGAUGCCUUGCUGGGUCUGCAUGUUCAGAGUCAGACCAACGAGUGGACGGUGAGGAGGAAAGUGAGGCGGAUCGUCGCUCACAAGAACUACGACACCUUCACCUACGACAACGACGUGGCUCUGAUGGAGCUGGACUCGAACGUCACGCUCAACCAGAAUAUCUGGCCCAUCUGCCUGCCCUCGCCCACGUACGACUUCCCAGCAGGCCAAGAGGCGUGGAUCACCGGCUGGGGCGCCACCAGAGAGGGAGGCGGUGUUGCCCGCAUCCUCCAGAAGGCGGAGGUCCGGGUCGUCAACAGCACGGUGUGUAAGACUCUGAUGGACGACGAGGUCACCGACAGGAUGAUCUGUGCCGGGGUCCUCAAAGGAGGCGUGGACGCAUGUCAGGGAGACUCCGGGGGUCCGCUGUCCGUCACCGCCGCCAGUGGGCGGGUCUUCCUGGCCGGCGUGGUGAGUUGGGGCGACGGCUGCGCUCGCAGGAACAAACCCGGCGUCUACGCCCGGAUCACCAAGUUCAGGCGCUGGAUAAAGGAGAACUCAGGAGUGUAGAGGACGGGUAACUCUCAAGGACAUCUAUACCUGAAUGUGACUCAACUCUUUGUAUUGGAAUACGCAGUAAAAACCUGUGAAACAGA